UCCUGGACGGAAUCAUCUCUGACCAUGGCCAACCUAAACAGACGAGACCAAGGAAGAUACAGGUGUCAAGUUAACAACGUGGCGGGAGGUCCUGCUGCGUCGCAAGAGGCACAGCUGACAGUGAAUUACGGCAUAAAAAUAUUUUUGAAUCCACAACCAAAGUCAAGGAUUGAAGGAGGAUCGGUCACAUUUACAUGUGAAGUGGAAGGCAAACCUCCUCCAGAGGUAACCUGGCUUAAAGACGGCAACCUCUUCACUAUAGAGGCAAUUAGGAUGAAGGUCACUCAACCCACUGUACAUCACCGGACGCCUGUUUCUCUCACGAUCAAUGAGCUGAUAAGAACAGACGAGGGUAGUUACAAUUGCAGGGUUAACAACUUCCUUGAUGAACGGACGUCAACGCCUGCUUUUUUAGCAGUGUACUAUUCACCAGUUAUCUUCCAAAAUCCACUAAACCUGACGAAGAGGGAAGGAGAUUCAAUGGUGAUGUCGUGUGGGGUAGACGGGAACCCUGUGCCUGAAGUCACGUGGAAGAAAGACGUAGUGACCUUAGUGCAUGGCGAUAGAAUAAAUAUCACUAAGCCGAGUAGUGUGGGGAGAGUGUACUCUACGUUGACCAUCAGUAAUCUUGUUGUGGGCGAUAAGGGCACAUAUAAGUGUAUGGUGAACAAUACCCUGAAUGCAGUGGUGUCGAUUCCUGGAAGUUUAACUAUUAUCUCAUUAGACCUAUGGUUUGUAAACCCUGAAACCAACUUCACGGUAACUGCAGGACAAAAUGUAACCCUUGUCUGUGAGGUGUGGGGCGUGUCACCUGACAUUACCUGGUACCGAGACGGGAAGAGCAUGGAAGCGACUC